UUUUCUUAACACAAACGACGACGGUGAUCACUGCGGGCGGCCAUUUCUUCAAAGAGUUCUUCUUAAUUUUGAAAGAAAAUUCAAUUAAAUUAUAAAUAAUAUCCUCCUCAUCAAACUAAAACCAUUCGAUUUAACAAAAUACCAAAAUUAUUAAUCUAAUCAGUAAUGUGCAAUUGGAUUUGUAUGGACAUGUGUUGUGUUAUGAAAUAAACAAGGAAAAUAAAAAAUAUCUAAAUAGUUUUUAGUCUCCUGUUGAUGGCUGGCUAGCUUCUGCUGCUGCUGCUUCUGCUUGUUUCUCGUGAUUUGAAAUUUAAAUAAAAACAAAAAUAUUUCAGUGCAAUAAAUUCCCCUCAAGUACAAAUGGAAAAGAGUCCACAAAAAUUCCCAACAAAAGAAACUCCCAUUCAACAAUUAUUAUUUAAACACAAAGAAAUAACGCGUGUGAUAGAUUAGAUAAAAUAUCAACCAUCACACCAACACCAACUAAAGCUGCCGCAGCAUAAUUACUUAACUACAAAAAACUACUUCUGCACAUUCAAACCAACGUCGACGCCUCCGCGCCGCCGCUACAGCUGCUAUCAGAACGCAAACAAAAAUCCAACAAAAAACAAAAAAGAUAGAAGAAAAUGAGUUCAGUCGAUGAAAUCAGCACAAUUGAAAUGGUAUCGCUCGUGAGGCCAGUAAAAACUCCAACAUCAGAUGAAUCGGAAAUCAAACGAACAAGCUCAAGUGAUGUUGUGACAGCAACAACAUCGUCAUCUAGUCAAGCGACAACGACAGCAAACGACAUAACGAAGAUCUCCACAAUACAAACAUACGAUGCUGGCACCUCGACAUUGGACGCAACAACAUCGAAUACUUACCGUCCGAGUGCUAGCGGCAAAUAUGAACGGAAAAUUGGUCAUCGCCGAGUUGGGGAGGGCGGAGAGAUCACCUACAAGAAGAUCCACAGUAGCCAGAUCAUGGGAUCGAUACAACUUGGUAUCCAGCAUACAGUUGGUAGUUUGGCAUCGAAGCCGAAGCGUGAUCUGUUGAUGAAUGACUUUUGGGAGAUCGAGAGUAUAAAUUUCCCUCCAGACGGAUCCAGUAUUACCCCUGCUCAUCACUAUAGUGAAUUUAGAUUUAAGGUUUAUGCCCCAAUUGCAUUCCGUUAUUUUAGAGAUUUGUUUGGAAUAGCUCCGGAUGAUUUUUUGAUGUCUAUGUGUGCAUCGCCACUGCGAGAACUCUCGAAUCCCGGUGCGUCGGGAUCGAUAUUCUAUCUAACCGAUGACGAUGAGUUUAUAAUAAAGACUGUCCAACACAAGGAGGGUGAAUUCUUGCAGAAACUACUGCCUGGCUAUUAUAUGAAUCUGAGCCAGAAUCCGCGGACACUGUUGCCGAAGUUCUUUGGGUUGUAUUGCUUCCAGUGUAACAGUAAGAAUGUGAGAUUGGUGGCGAUGAAUAAUCUGCUGCCGUCCGAUGUGAAAAUGCAUUUAAAAUAUGACUUGAAGGGUUCGACUUUUGGGAGGAAGGCUUCGAAGGCGGAGAGAAGUAAACCAUCGCCAACAUACAAAGAUCUGGAUUUUAAAGAACACCAUCCGAGCGGGAUAUUCCUCGAGACGGACAAAUACAAUGCCUUGAUAAAGACAAUUCAAAGAGAUUGCAUGGUUCUUGAGUCCUUCCAGAUCAUGGACUACUCGCUUCUGGUGGGCGUUCAUAAUCUGGAUCUGGCGUUGAAGGAACGCAAAGAGGAACGAAUAAAAAAUGCCCGACAGAAGCUUCAACGCAGUGAGGAAGUGUGCAUGGAAGACGCUCCCGAAGCCGAUCAGGGAAUAGCGCAGAUAGAACGAGAUCGCACUGCUGGGCCUUCGGCUCUCAACCGAAGUCGGUCGAUGAACCGCCAGAGGUUGGUGGCCCAUUCGACGGCGAUGGAGAGUAUUCAAGCAGUUGAUGAGACAAUCGACGAAGAGGAGGACGUUCCGUUGGGAGGCAUCCCGGCGCGAAGCGAGAACGACGAACGUUUACUGCUCUACAUCGGUAUUAUCGAUAUCCUUCAAUCGUACAGACUCAAAAAGAAGCUCGAACACACAUUCAAAAGUAUCAUCUACGACGGUGACACGGUCUCUGUGUGUCGGCCAUCAUUCUAUGCUCAGCGGUUUCAGGAUUUCAUGAGCAAAACUGUUUUCAAAAAGACGCCCACAUUUCCACUGAAGCAUUCCCCAUCCAAGCGAAAAACCAGCAACGUAAGUAACAGUAUAUCAUUGCCGUUGCGCAUGCCCGUAAGAGCGCCCUCCCUUACCGGCAGCAGUGCAUCCAGUUCGGGAGCUAUUCCAAAAGAUCGUUACCGUACUAUCCCUUCAGGUUCAUCAACACCACCGCCCGCCUUUGAUGACAUCUCCGAAGAAGGAAGUAUUCACAUGACCGUCCGACAAACUAGCUCUGGCAGUGAAACAAACAUAAUCUCCAACGAAGAUGGACGAAACUCCAAUACGUCGAUGACCCAAAAGAAUAUUGUCACCACUACAGCGACAUACGUUAUAGAGGGCGCUGUCAGAUAAAAUUGGUAUAGCAAUGCCAGGGGCAAACGAAUCUCUACUGAAUGUAGAUGGAAUUUGGGUAUUUAUUUAAUCGAUUUUUGUUUCCUUUACUUUUAUGUUUAAAGUAGGAUUGAUUGUUUAUAAUAUAUAAGUAUAAUAUAAUUAUUAAAUGUGGAUAAAAGAAAAAUGAAAAUAUGUUGAUAGGUAGUGUUUUGUUGUUAUCAUUUUAUUGUGGAACGCAAAUAUCGAAAAAAAAAAUAUAGAAAAUUGUGGCCAUUUGCCUUACAACUACUUUUUUUUUCUUCUCUUUCUUCUUCUUCGUUUUCUCGGGACCUAAUCUCAUAUUGUAUUAACAAUUUACUAUUAAAUUUUUUAGUUAGAUACAAAAUGUAAUAAAAUUAUUGUUUAUUUAAAUGUUGUAUGUAUUUAAAUUUAGUACGUUUAACGUUUGUACUACACAAAAAAAAACAAAAA